UCCGAAUCCGGUUCCCCCACCCGUACUCAGUCUCUCUCCUCUCAGCACGUGCUUUCUCUCGCUCUGCAAAACGGGAGAAGAAUAGCGAAAAUACAAAAAACAAAAAAAAAAUACAAGGAAGAAAUUUCAUACCGCAGCUCCGACGAAGAGCAGCUGCAGCCUGCAGAGCCGCACCGGAGAGGACGCCGGGAAAGCCUAUUCAUGACGACGUCGUCGUAGAAGACCAGCACGCCGAGAGAGAGAGAGAGAGUGAGAGAGGGAGCGGGACAAGGACGGGAACGAGAGGGGGGCAAUAACGCCGAAGAGCGCAAUCAGAGAUCUGCUAAAUGCACGCCUCUAAACGGAUUCCGAGCAGCGGUCACACGUCGCCGUCGCCGCCACAGUCUCCCCUCCGUUCUCCUCGCUACCGAGGGCGGUCCAAGCCUGGCCGGUUCCCUCCGGCGGCGGCUCACCCGCCUGGUCGCACUCUAGCUCAUCGCCUUGCUUGGCUUCUCCUCUCCGUUCUCCUCCGUCGCCAGGGGAUUUUCUUGUUCGCCCCGCUUAUCUACAUCUCGGGAAUGCUUCUCUACAUGGGGACUGUGUCCUUCGAUGUCGUCCCCCAGAUUUCUCAUAGGCCUGCUCCUGGUUCGGUUUAUAAGAGCCCCCUCAUUUAUGAGAAGCUCCGACCUGAAAUGGAUGCCGAUAAUUCUUCUGCUGAUGCGCUAUUAACUAUAUGGAAAAAUUCGUACAAAAGUGGCGAGUGGAAACCUUGUGUGAACAAGUCGUUGGAAGGCAUACCAGCUUCUAAUGGUUACAUAUAUGUUGAGGCCAAUGGAGGUUUGAAUCAGCAAAGGACUUCGAUAUGCAAUGCAGUUGCUGUUGCUGGCUAUCUGAAUGCUACACUCCUGAUCCCUAAUUUCCAUUACCACAGCAUUUGGAAAGAUCCCAGCAAGUUCCAAGACAUAUAUGAUCAAGAAUUUUUUAUCAAAGCCUUACAAAAUGAGGUGAGGGUGGUUGAUAAGAUUCCAGUAUAUCUAAUGGAGCGGUUUGAUCACAACUUCAGCAAUGUAUUCAACUUCAGAGUAAAAGCAUGGUCACCUAUUGAAUAUUACAAAGAUGUAGUCCUCCCCAGGCUACUCGAAGAAAAGGUUGUAAGAAUUUCUCCAUUUGCGCACCGUUUAUCAUUUGAUGCUCCUCCAGCUGUCCAACGCCUUAGAUGUAUGGCAAACUAUGAAGGUCUAAGAUUCUCAAACCCCAUAUUGACAAUGGGGGAAAAUCUGGUGGCUAGAAUGAAAGAACUGAGUGCAAGCCAUGGUGGGAAAUAUGUUUCUGUGCACCUGCGCUUUGAGGAGGACAUGGUUGCUUUCUCUUGUUGUGUGUUUGAUGGUGGUGCCCAAGAAGAUAGAGACAUGAAAGCUGCUAGGGAAAGAGGCUGGAAAGGGAAAUUUACAAAGCCUGGUCGAACCAUACUUCCUGGAGCCAUCAGGCUUAACGGGAAGUGCCCCCUUACUCCCUUAGAGGUUGGUCUGAUGCUUAGGGGAAUGGGUUUUGGCAAGGACACAUAUAUAUAUUUAGCUUCUGGAAAGAUUUACAAUGCCGAGAAGUAUAUGGUUCCAUUGUUGGAAAUGUUUCCAAAUUUGCAGACAAAGGAUACACUAGCAACCGCUGAAGAACUCGCACCAUUCAAGAAUUUUUCUUCCAGGAUGGCUGCAAUAGACUACACUGUUUGCCUUCAUAGUGAGGUAUUUGUGACAACUCAAGGUGGCAACUUCCCUCAUUUCUUGUUAGGCCAUCGGAGAUUCUUGUAUGGUGGACAUGCCAAGACAAUUAGGCCAGACAAGCGGAAGUUAGCUUUGCUGCUUGAUAAUACAUCUCUAGGGUGGAAGAGUUUCAAACGGCAAAUGUUGAACAUGCGGUCUCAUAGUGAUUCCAAGGGGUUUGAAUUCAAGAGAAUGAAUGACUCGGUAUAUUCUCAUCCAUGCCCUGACUGCAUGUGCCGGAUCAACAAGGCAGUAGAAUUGUCGUGACCCUAGCCGGGAGAGAUAUUUUGGGUUGGUUGGUUUCUUCUUUGAUCAGGAAGUAAGAUGGUGAUACAUAUUUAGCUCGCUGCUGCUGCUGUUGCUGACGGCCCAACUUUUUUUUAUUAGCGUGGGUGUGAUUCUUUCAUUAUUUCUUUUUCCUGCCCCAAUUUUCCAAGUUAACAGCAAAAGUUAGUGUCUGUAACCCUUCCAAGUCCUGGGGAUGCUUCAUUUCAAUGGAGGGUUGCAGAGCUCGUGGUAGUAAUGGGGGAUCACGAUCCUGUGGUCGAUUAAAUGUUGACCAGAAUUAUGAUCGAUCAUCUUGUAUUUGCAUAUGAAGAUGAAGCUGGGAAGAGGAGGAAGGAAAAUCGUGUUUCUUUGUUAAAAGGUCAGUUGCAGGCAGGCAGAGGCAGAAGAUCUUCCUUUGUACCUUAACCAAAAGGAAAGCUGUAACAUUCAUAGGAUGGCUAAGGAGGGGGUUUUAUCUUCUUUUUUUUGUUCGAAUGCUUGUGUGUAAAUUUUGUCAAGAGCUUUUAGGUGUUUAGGGAAGGGCCCCUAAAAUACAACAAAGGAAAAAAAUCUGUGUAAGACAAGAGGCCCUUCCCAUCUCUCCUUAGAAAAAUACGGUACAGUCACAGGGAGCUAUUCACUGUACAUUUCACGGGGAAACAAUGGAAUACUUUUGGCCGAGUAGUUCGGAUUUUGGCUUCUUGUUUUAGCUCCCUGUCACACCUAGUGGUUCGUUUUCUUUUUAAACAAUAGAUAA